GACGCCUGGCCGGCUGCGUGCCAGCGCUCUGCGCCUUUGCCAAGGCGCCCCGCAUCAAACGACUCGCCUUGCUGGUCGCAGCACACCUCCUGGGCGAUGAGGUCGGGGGUCUGCGAUGGCUCUUUCGAUUCCUGGCGCGGGACGGCUGGCUCGUGGAGGAGUCCUUGUUCGAGCAGGCGCUGCGGGAGGCUGGUGAGGAGGUCCCGCAGGAUUUCCCAGCGCUCUUCCGAAGCGCUGACCUGUCAGGCUCCGGUGCCUUGAACUUCGUGGAGUUCAUGGCAGCCAUGAUGGCCAGUCUUCCAGAGGUCUAUUGCAGCCAGUCCUCCCUGAAGGCCGUGUUCCACUUCUUCGAUAGCAGCGGCGCCGGUAUCAUCCGCGGAGAGCACCUGCACACGCUCUUCCCAGCGAGGUCUGAGGACGACUGCGCCUUGAUGAUCCGCCAGAGCUGCGGGAAGGAUUCGAUGAACUUUCUGGACUUCCAGCGGGUAAUGACGCCCGCAAACUGGAAGGGUCCACAACCGGUGGCCGCCAAGUGGGCGGACGUCCCUGAUGUGACGAGCCCUGUUCUAGGUGCCAAGCCUUUCAAGGAAAGAAAGCGCGGCUCCUCCUCAGACCCGGAGGACUCCCGGGAUUCCCGGCCCCAGGUCACGAGUCGAGUCACCUCCACGCCAUCGGAGGCCUUUGCCAUUCGGCAGAAGCCGGGCUUCCAUCGCAGCGC